AUGGACGAUGAGAAGAAGCUGACGGUGGAGACGGAGACCGUGGAGGCAGUGCCUGCUGCUGAGCUGCCGCGUGCCGAGGAGAGGGAUGCGGAUGGCGUGCACAGUGGUGUGCACAGUGGUGUGCAGGAGGCGGUACAUGGUGGGGAGGAGAGCGAGAUAGGGUUUGCGCCGCUGGCGGUGCGGACGCCCGAUGAGUUUGUGCCGCAGGGCACCGCGUCGCCCUUGAAUGCGGUUAAGACUGCGCCACCUCUGCAGACGCACAAGACGCUGAUAGACAGCAACCCGCUGUCGCCGCAUGUGCCGCAUGCGAACGGUAACGGCGCAUCCGAGAGCGCCAAGAACCCAGACAUGGACACCAGCAAUUCUGCGCCGGCGAUGUCCCAAACCGAGCUGAACAAACCAAACGCGAAGACCACGGAUGCAAGAAACUCUGCAGAAGAUACACUAUUCAGCACCACUAGCGGAGACAUGAUAAAGAGCAAAAUGAAGAUUGUGCCGAGCAUAAAUACAGAAAGCACAUCUUUGAGUGCCCUUAACCUGCCAGCCCACUCUAGUGCUAAGCACGAUAACGUUACAGACCUCAAUAAGAACCCAAAUCAUGUACUGGACAAGAUACCAUUGCAGAGACAGGCAUCCGGUAUAGCGACAGUGGGCGCAUCAAUAAUGUCAAACGCCAUCGGCUCAACGCCAAACAACUCGGGGCAACAACAACAGCCUUCACAAUUGGGCCAACAGGCACAGAAACCCGAGCAACUGACACCUAGCGCAGCUCCUCCAGCUCCUCUGUUUCAAAAUAGAGCUAAGGAUAGACCUAAUAUGGUAGCAAUGAUGUCCCGCGAAAGACUGCUGAAUACCGAGGGAGCACAAAAGGGAAGUGAACCAUCAAUGAGCAAGAAAGUAACUACACCAGAUGAAAUAACUACACAAACUACGGAAUCAAGUAACGCACACAGGCCCACAAAGACUGAUUUUUUUGCUGCAAGAUUGGCAUCUGCGGUGGGAGAGAAUGAAGUUAGCGAUUCAGAAGAGACUUUUGUCUACGAGUCUGCAGCAAACUCUACAAAAAACAUGAUAUAUCCAAGCACAAGCAAAAUCAAUGACGACCAACAUCAAGUGCCACAUAAUAUCGACUCGUCUUUGGCAGGUAAAAUGCAUUCAAUUACGACAAAAUCCAGUGUGCCUGUCCUGAAUGGCAAUACCAAGCUCUUUAACAGGUUAAAGAACACCACUAGACAUAUUAGUACUGGUGGUAUGCCAAAUUCGUCUUUAAAUCUUCCGAGUCACACCACUCAUCCACAAAGUAAUUUGUCACAAGUGGAUUCUGAUAUUACAAGCAUAAGAUCAUCUCAUAAAAACCAAAGUAAAGUUGAACAACAGUCCAUACGAUCGAUGGCUUCCGAGCAAAGAUCACCAGACAGAAAAGUGGGUGGCUUGGCUUCAUUGGAUGAAUCAAAUUCCGUUGCAAACUCUCCUUCAUUGCACUACAAAAGCUCAACGAAUUUCAUGCCAAUGAAAAACCAGGCUAGAAACUCACAUAUAAAUCAAAGAAGCAUAUCAGUAUCCAACAACAAUAGUAACGGUGCAUUAGGACGUAAUCCAUCUAUAUCUGGGCACAAUCAAAGAGCGAAAACUGGUGCCGCUCAAAAAAAUGCAUCAAAGGCAAGUAUAGAGAAUAAGAAUACAUUACGAACAACUGUAUCCAAGAUUUUUGAUGCCAACGGGGCAUCGCUGAGGCGAUAUUCUGGUGUCCCUGAUAAUGUGAAUCUUGAGGAUUUUAUCGAACAGAAUGAUCUGUAUACAAACCAAGGCCUAAACAGUAAAGAGAAAAAACUGUCUAGACAACAGAAAUAUAUGCCUUCAAGACACUCCAUAUCAGGUGCUCACACAAGAGGAUCCGAACGAUCGAGCCCUAUUGAUGCUGAUUACUUGAAGGGUAUUACAAGACACACAGGUGACAGUUCUGACUCUGUAACCAAUGGUGGUGAGAGAUACAGAGGACAGCAAAGGCUCAACAAUGGCAAUGACACUAAAGGCCAAAAUAGAUUUAUAGAAGAUAAACAUAGGUCACAAAGAAACAGUGCCAUUGAAGGUGAAGCAAAUCUACACGAAACAGUUAGAGCCCAUGACUCUGAGUUAGAUGUAGAUAUUGAUGAUGAUGAAGAUGAUGAUAGAUCAAUGUUUUAUUAUAGUCAUGGAAGCAAUCUAGAAGCAAGACCUCAAAUAUCGGAAUAUGAAGGUGACGCAGGUGACCAGGACUCUGACGAAGAGUAUGUUAAUGGUACCAUGACGGGUGACUAUUUCACCAACCAUACCAAUAUUCACAGUGGGUAUGAUAGGAACCCAUUUUAUGGGUCAACGGAACACAAUGAAGUGGGCUCUUACUACCCUCCUAUAUCACCUUUGGUGAAUGUGAAUGCAUCCAGUCCAAACAAAGGAGUUCAUUGUAAAACUAAGGACUCAACUGAGUUUACUCCAUUGAAUCGUAACUCGUAUUAUGUCGAUAAUAACUAUCAAUACUCUCCACACAACUUUUACACUAAGAAAUCCAACUGGAGCAAAUUCCGUCAGUGUUUCUAUUUCACAAUUUCUGUAUUGGUGUUUGUAUCUAUUGGUUUUGUGCUUGGUUUUUUACUCGCUGCAAACAAAGAACUUCGAGAAUUUGAUAUUGUUUUGAUGGAUAAUGUCAUAUCGAGCACUGACGAGCUCCUAUUCGACCUCACCACUACUGCAUUUAAUCCUGGCAUAUUCCCAAUAUAUGUUGAUGAAGUUGAGUUCGACAUUUUUGCUAAGACGUCCUUUUUGAAAUGCAAUGUAUACGAUAACAGAUGUGUUGUAGUGGAAGAGAAAGAAGCAAAAACUAGCGUAGAGACAAUUUUCUUGGGAAUUGUAAAAACACUGGAAACACCUUUGAAAUUCCAAGGUGGAUUCUUCAACAGAAAUUUUGAUAUUUCACAAACAAGCGUAAGGUUACACAAGCCAGGAUCUGACGAGGCGAAAGAACCCAACGAUAACGACGACACGAGUUCUGAUUCUAUACAACAACUUGGGCAUUACGGUCUGGACAAAAGGGACAGCGACGAAUCUGACGACGUGACCAAAUGGAAACUAGUAAUCAAGCAUGACUAUGAACUAAUCCUACGGGGAAAUAUUAAGUAUAAGGUACCGUUUUUCAACACUGCAAGGUCCAUUGCAGUACAGAAAUCCGCGGAAGUACGUCCAAGUAAACAGUAA